AUGGAUUGUGGUCCUUCAGUGGACGUGAAUGAGCAACCAACAGGAUUGAAUAAAAUGGAUCGUGAUCAUGGAGAUGUGUGUCGUUCUACAGCAGCUUCAGUGGCUCCACCAUCUGUGUCUUCAAGUCAUAAGACAGAGUUGACUAUGCCUAGCACCUCUUCAUCUAGGACAGAGGACGUUGAAAUAGUAUCUAUCAGCAAUGCUAUUCGUGCAUUUUUUCCCACGGUAUUUCAUGGAUUGUGGACAUGGCAUAUAGAACAAAAUCUUGUUACAAACUUUAAGGAUAACACGGUUGUUGGGAUAUUUAGAGAUGCAGCAAGGGCAUUUCGCAUGACUGAGUUCCAGACAAAAUGGGACGAACUCCGUAGUUUUCCAGAUGGUGCUGUCAUGAAAUAUCUGGAAGACAUCGGUCUUUAUAGUGGGCACGGAGGAAUGCUCCAAUUGUGGUUCUACGAACGGAGGAAUUACUGGACAUCUCGAACGACAUUGCACUCUAACUACAGUGAAACUCGAUUGGCAAGUGAGGCCGAUAAGGGCAGACGAUAUCGGGUUGAGCCUAUUGAUUGUUAUCGGGUCCACGUGCGAGAUAAUCGAUUAGACGAUAUUGUUAAUCUUCACACGAGGGAAUGCACGUGUAAGGAAUUCAACUCAUUUAGUAUCCCAUGUCCGCAUGCAAUUGUUGCUGCCAAGGAACGAAAUAUACCUAUCCGAAGUCUUUGCAGUCGAUUUUAUAUAGUGGACUCUUUAAUGACUGUGUAUGCGAAGCCUAUAAAUCCACUUGGCCACAUAUCUGAAUGUAAGAGACCUUUUGGAUAUGUAGAAAAGACUAUCCUUCCUCCGAAGUUUGUGGCACAAGUCGGGCGACGGAGAGUGAGAAGAAUACCAUCCAGAGGAGAAUUUCACAGACAAAUGAAAUGUGUUCGAUGUGGGAAUUAUGGGCAUAACCACCAAAAUUGUAGCGAACUGCUCACAACCGUGCAACGUGCUAAAAAUGUCAGAAACCGUGACACAAAAACCUCUCAUCUAGUUUAG